AUGCACGAGGCCAAUGUUCACGAUAUCGAACUUGCCCUUGAAGUAAAGCCCCGAAACCUGCGGGUGAGGUGGCGUCGGCUAGUGGAAACGGACGCGAUUACCGAAGUUGAUGGAGGCCGGGAAUUCGUUGUUCGGGACGUUGAAGCCAUGGGCUUGUGGAAGCUGGGAUACUGCAUCAAGAAGCCAGACGCCGGUACCGCACGCUACGUCGGCGAUGCGUAUGGGAGAGUCUUCAGGGGCGGGUAUUCUAGGGUGAAGAAGGAACACACGCGCUGUAUUGUCUCACUCGUCCGGCGCGGCACUGAAUUGUCCCAGACGUACCGUGUUGGUUUCGCCUGGAGCUCGUAGGAGAGAAUAGAAACAUCCCAGAUCGUGGAGACAUAGUUGAUGGUGUAGACCGGAGAGUGGAGAGCGCAAACAAUGAGGAUUGGACGCCUAAACAGAUAAAUAAAAUUGAGAGAAGGUCGUGAACAUCAACCUGCG